AUGAUUUUUAAUCCAUGUACAAUUAUGUCAGACUUUGAAGGAACAUUAGCUGAAGUACUUAAAGCUGAAUUUCCUAAUAGUGAACAUGUCGGAUGUUUCUUUCACUAUACCCAAUCGAUCUAUCGAAAUAUUCAACAAUUAGGUUUAUCUUCUCAAUAUGCUCGUGAUGAUGAAUUUCGAAAUACUUGUCGAAAACUUAUGGCACUUGCUUUAAUGCCUAUUUCAUUAGUACUACAAUCAUAUGAUGAUGUUCAUGAUGGAGUUCUUGAAUCAUCAUCGACGAAAUUUAAUCUACUUAAACCUCUUUUUACUUAUUUCGAAAAUCAAUGGAUAAAAAAUGUUGGUAUUGAAAAAUGGAAUGUUUAUGGAAUUCAAAUGAGAACAAAUAAUAACGCCGAAGGUGGCCUCACAGCUCGACCGAAAACAAAAAAAACUCUUGCUAUUCAACAUCGAAUUGAUACAUUAUAUGUUCGUUAUAAUAAUGGUGAUGUUAAUGCUAAUGAACUUCUUGAUGGACUAUCGUACGUUGUUGCAAAAAAUGUUAAAUCAAAAAGGAAAUGA